CUUCACGUUCAGAGAGAUUGUCAAUCAGCUAGAGCUCACAGUAACUUGUUUUUAUCUCUCGGGGAUUUCGUUUCUUACAUAUUUUGUGACUGCGUUUAUGAACCAUUUCUUUGGCGGUUAUAAAGACCCUGACACAUAUUUUUACAGAGAGCAAAGCAAGAAUGUAGCAUUGUUGUCGGACACCAUUUUUAAGGAAAGGUGACGGCGGGUGUCUCUCCAUCUAUCGCAUCACCCCAGCUCUCGCCGUCUGCUUUCUGUGUGAUUGUCGGUAUUUCUCCAGGAACAUCUCUUGUUUUGGACCACCGUGUUGCGGAGCUCCGCGUCUGUUGGACGGGCCGAUGCUACGAGCGUGGAAAACAUAGCGACGUGGGUCGAUGAGGAGAUGUCAGAGCGGGGAUGCCUCUUCUUGGCGACAGUGUUGUAGUCGAGGGUAUACGCGAGUGUCCACAGUAUACCUACAGCAGGGACCAGAGUUGCAGCCUAACUCGCAGUGACACAUAUAUGGAUGGUGGGGUCGCAGUAUGCCCACCCCCUCAUCUACCAUUACACCGCCGGGUGGAAGGAGUAGCAGCACGGGAGGAGAAGAGGGGCCCAUGUCUGCCACCCCCACCCCUACCGGCGACUCCUCUUUCCGGUUCGUCCCGGCUUUCUGCCUGGGCGUGGUGGCAGCAGUUGUGUUUCAGCUGGCCUGGGGAGGCCCGACUCUCACCUCUUUCUUCCUGAAGCUGUUCAUCUAUGUAUCUUUCGCCUUACUGUGUUUCCUGGCUGGGAGUUUUGUUUUGCUUGUCAGGAAGAGCCCUCUGAAAGCCAGCUGCUUUGACAGAAACAGAAAUUCAGCUGCACAGCUGGAGUUCUUCAACAAACUCAUGGAUCGAUUUUUGAUGCCAGCUCAAGAGCCCAGCCAGAGCAGAAGAGUGGUGGUGUCACACAAUGUGGACAAAGCCCUAAAAGAAGUGUUCGACUACGCCUACAGAGACUACAUCCUGUCCUGGUACGCUCCUCUGAGUCGCGAUGAGGGCCAGCUGUACUCCAUGCUGUUGGACGACUGGUGGCAGAUGAUCGGCCAGCUGAGAUCCAGGCUUGCCGACAUAGACCUUGUCAAUGUAGUGUGUUAUGACAGCGUCCGUAUCCUUCAUACACAUUUUACUGACCUCAAGGCUGCAUCUGCAAGACCUGAGGAAGUCGCCCGGCCGUUCCCUCUCCAUCCUUGUUUGGUCAGUCCAGAUGCAGAGAUGGCCUUCCUCCGCUGUGUAGCCAGAAUACUGCUGCUAUGUCUGCUGCCCCAAAAGGAUGCCAAGUCCCACCCCCUACGCUGCUGCCUGACUGAAGUCAUCACUACCAAAGUGUUGAAGCCUCUGGUGGAAGUGCUCAGUGAUCCAGACUCCAUAAACCGGAUGCUGUUGUCUCAGCUGGAGCAGAGGGAGCAGCAGGCUGAGCAGCAGAAGAAAGCCUACACCUACGCUGCCUCGUAUGAAGACUUCAUCAAACUGAUAUCGACUUCUGCUGAUGUCAAUUUCCUCAAACAACUCAGGUAUCAGAUAGUGGUAGAAAUUAUUCAUGCCACCACCAUCAGCAGCCUGCCUCAGCUCAAGAAGCAGAAAGAGCGAAAAGGUAAAGAGAAUUCAGCCAUGAAGGCAGACCUGCUGAGGGCCAGAGAUAUGAAACGAUAUAUCAAUCAGCUGACUGUUGCUAAGAAACAAUGUGAGAAACGAAUCCGGCUGCUUGGCGGGCCAAACUACGAGAACAGCGAGGAGGGAGGAGGCGACGACGGCGACGAACCCCAGAGUCAGAAGAUUCUACAGUUUGACGACAUUCUGUGCAAUCCAGGUUACAGAGAGCAUUUCAAAGUUUACAUGGAAAGAGUCGAUAAGAGAGCUCUGAUAAGCUUCUGGGAACUGGUGGAAAUGCUGAAAACUGCCAACAAGAAUGAGGUGCCCCAAAUCGUGGGAGAAAUCUACCAGAAGUUCUUUGUGGAGAACAGAGAGAUUCAGGUGGAGAAGUUUCUCCUGAAGGAGAUCCAGCAGAGUCUGGUGGGGAACAGAGGAACUCAGGUUUUUAUCAGACUACAAGAGCAGGUGGCUGAGACGAUGCGAGAACGUUACUACCCCUCCUUCCUGGUUUCGGACCUCUACGAUAGGCUCAUCAGACGAGACGAGCCCCACAGCCAAUCGCAGUGUAGCCCUGAGGAAAAGGGAGAAGAGUGCCAGGGUCUGGAUGCAGGAGAAGAGGUGUGUGAUGGCGAUGAAGGUAGUAAAGGAAUCAAUGAGCAGGCCAGCUAUGCUGCUACUAAACUCUGCCAUCUCUAUGACAAACUGGAGUACAAGCGACAGGCCCUGGGCUCCAUCCAGAACGCACCCAAGCCAGACAAAAAGAUUGUGAGCAAGCUGAAGGAAGAAAUAGGAGCCAUGGAAAGAGAGCACAGUGAACUUCAGCAGCAUAUCACAAGAACUGACUGGUGGUGUGAAAACCUGGGGAACUGGAGGGCUACCAUCACAACCGCUGAGGCUGCAGAAGAAGGUGGUGAGACUGUAGCUUGUUACAGCGUCUGUGUUAGCCUGGUUGAAGGAGAGGAAGCGGCUAACAGUCGCUGGAGCGUCCAGAGGAAGCUCACAGAGUUCCAGAUGUUGCACCGUAAACUCACAGAGUGUUUUCCAUCGUUGAAGAAACUCCAGUUACCCUCACUGAGUAAACUUCCCUUCAAAUCCAUCGACCAGAAGUUCUUAGAGAAGAGUAAAACACAGCUCAAUGCCUUUCUCCAGCGCCUGCUGACAGAUGAACGAUUAUGCCAAUCAGAGGCGCUCUACGCCUUCCUCAGCCCGUCUCCAGAGCACCUCAAGGUGAUGUCGAUUCAGAAGAAGUCCUCUUUCUCUCUGGCCUCCUUUCUGGAGAGGUUACCUGGAGAUUUCUUCACCCACACUGAGGAGGACGGCGAUGAUGACAGCGAUAUGUCGGACUACGGCGACGAAGCAGAUGGGCGGAGGAACGCUCUGGCUGAACCCUGCUUCAUGCUCAUAGGAGAGAUCUUUGAACUCAGAGGAAUGUUUAAGUGGGUGAGGAAGACUCUAAUUGCACUAGUCCAGGUGACAUUUGGACGAACUAUCAACAAACAGAUCCGGGACACGGUAAACUGGAUCUUUUGUGAACAGAUGCUGGUGUGUUACAUCAGUGUGUUCAGGGACACCGUCUGGCCCAACGGGAAGCUAGCGCCGCACGUUAAAGCCCGAACUGACUCUGAACGCAGCGAGACCAAGGAGCGGGCUCAGCAGAAGCUACUUGACAAUAUCCCAGAUGCACUAGCAAAUCUAGUUGGCCAGCAGAAUGCCCGAUUUGGAAUCAUCAAGAUCUUCAACGCUCUGCAGGAAGCUAGUGCCAACAAGCAUCUUCUCUACGUUUGGAUGGAAAUGUUACUGAAGGAACUGUGUCCUGAGCUCAGAGCAGAAGUGGACAACAUCUGAUACCACAGAGGCUCCACUCGUUCAUCUUCCUGGCCUUUCUGUAGCUGACCAAUCACAACCUGCCAGACGAGCCGUUCAGUUUACCUCCAACAGGCGGGCGGAGCCAGUAGUGGACGUUGCUGUGGUUCAGAUCUUAGCCUGAACAGGAGAAACCGUGUGGUGGUUCAGCACUCUUCUACUAUCACAGUUGUACCACAGAGCGCACAUCCACUAAUGAACAAACUGUAUUUUUGACAUCAUGUGACCCACAUCUGUUACUUUUUUUUAAGGGCACUGAAGUUUCGGAUUUAUGCCGGAGCAAAUGAAAACACAUCUUUUGUUCCUGUGUAAAUCAUGGCCGUCUAGUAAAACCUGUGUUGUUUGGACUUUAAUUUGUAGAGCAGGAGAUCUUUGGAACUUGAAUGAAUAUUGUUGAAUGAAUAUUGUUGCCGUGCGAGGUGAUGAGUGUCAUCGCCGACGAACCUUUGAACAUUCCUACACAACCUGAGCAACAACACGCGUGUUCUGUGAUUCUUGUUGAAGCUUAUUAUUGUGCAAUAUAAUUUAAUGUAAAGUCAUUGUGAUGAUUUUAUUUAUGAUUAUUCUUGAUAGAUUUUAUUUUUACCAAAAAAUUAUUUAGAGAAAGUUUAUAUAAGCAAUAAAUUGCAAACCAAAA